ACGAAUUCCACCGACCCGACAGACAGACAGCGCAAUGUGUUCCUGUUUCUUUCUCGUACUACUUCAUCUGUCCGAAUUUGAGGAUUUUGUUGCCGGGCUCGCAGUUCAAAGUUACGCGUGUUUGAGUAUUACCAGUCGAAUUUAAGUAUUCUACUCUUUUAAAUUAUUUAGAAUUAGAUCAAAAUGUCGGCUCCCGAUAAAGACGAGUUAGUACAAAGGGCAAAGCUUGCCGAGCAAGCCGAACGCUAUGACGAUAUGGCAUCGGCGAUGAAAUCAGUUACAGAAACCGGCGUCGAACUUAGUAAUGAGGAAAGGAACCUUCUAUCUGUCGCAUACAAAAACGUCGUCGGCGCCAGAAGAUCAUCGUGGAGAGUAAUAUCUUCUAUCGAACAAAAGACUGAGGGAUCGGAGCGAAAACAACAAAUGGCGAAGGAAUACAGGGAAAAGGUCGAAAAGGAACUUCGAGAGAUCUGCGACGAUGUUCUUGGUCUCCUCGACAAAUACCUAAUACCUAAAGCGAGUAACGCCGAGUCGAAAGUGUUCUACCUUAAAAUGAAAGGCGAUUACUAUAGGUACCUUGCGGAAGUCGCCACAGGGGACACGAGGAACAAAGUGGUAGAAGAUUCGCAAAAGGCAUAUCAAGAGGCAUUUGAUAUAGCGAAAUCGAAAAUGCAGUCCACUCAUCCUAUUAGGCUAGGUCUCGCCUUAAAUUUCUCUGUCUUUUAUUACGAAAUUAUAAAUUCCCCGGCCAGAGCGUGUCACUUAGCUAAACAGGCUUUCGAUGACGCAAUCGCGGAAUUGGACACAUUAAAUGAAGACUCAUAUAAGGACAGCACUCUUAUAAUGCAGCUCCUUCGAGAUAAUCUAACACUUUGGACAAGCGACACACAGGGUGAAGCAGAUGAGCCUCAAGAAUCAGGUGACAAUUGAAAUGUGACGCGUCGUCCUUUUUUAAAAUUAUUCGUUAAAAAUGAAAUUUCAUGUAAGUUAACGUAUUCGUGGAACUUGGUUGUGAAGUUUCAUUGACAGUUUUUGAGUUUCACUUGAUGAAACUUUUGAUAUUUAAAAAUGUUUUUAGGAGAUAUGUAAAUCGUUAAAUUAUUCCACAUUAUCACACAACCAGCAUUUUUUUGUCGCAACAAGUAAUUUAGCCAUAUACGAGAUAAAGUAAAAAAUAAAAGAAAUGUGCAAUUGUAUAUUUUAUUUAUUUUAACAUAUAUAAUUACAUAUUAGAUUUGCUGAAUGUUGUGUGAUUAAAUGUCAAUUCUUCUGCAACAAGUUUGUUUUUUAUAUUAAAAAAAGGUUCUUAAUUUUUUUUAUAUAUUAUAUACCUCGUCUCCUUCCAGAUGUGAAAAUUUAUUUGAAAUUUCAGCACUUUUUUUAAGUUCUAACUUGUUAAAUAUUAAAUUUAUUAUUUAAUAACAUUGUUUUAGUUUAUCUUUUUUAUUUUGUAUUUUCCAUUGUUGAACUUCUGCAGGAAUUACUUCUUACUUUUUAUUUUAUUUUCAAGGCCAUUCUUUUUUUUUAUAUUCGAAUCUUAUUCCACCAAAUUCAUUUUUUGCACACCACUGCAUGGGCCAAAACCUGCCCCUCUUCUCCCUCAAAAAGAAUCCCUAUGUUUACCGUAAAACACUCACUUUGGAUGUGCUAUAUAUAAAUGUAUGAAUAUGUAUUAAAAAUAAACUGCUAUCAAAGCUCUAUUUGUUUUCUGUUGUAUCUGUCAAAUAUAAUUGUCGGAUAUCAAUAAAUUUUUCGAAAUC